CACAACAAGACGAAACACAAUGGUACCAGGGUUUACUCGGACGGUGACGACGGCGCACCGCGAGCUGCCGUCGGGGAGGAGCGUGGCUGCGGCCUCGGUGGACGGCCUCAAUGAGGCGCAGAGGACCGCUGUUACCACGCCAGCGGAUGUCGUGCAGAUUCUUGCGCCGCCGGGAUCGGGGAAAACUCGCACGUUGACCUCGCGCGUAGCAUACCUUUUAUCAGAGCCUUUAUGCCUAAGCCCGCAGAACGUGAUCGUCGCCACGUUCACAGUCAAGGCGGCAAACGAGAUGAAAGAGCGGCUGUCGAAGCUCGUCGGCGAGAGUGUGGGGCGGCGUCUGCUCCUUGGAACAUUCCACAGUAUCUGUCGGCGGUACCUCGUCAAGUACGGACAUCUUAUCGGACUCCGCCAGGGCUGGGGUAUCGCCGAUUCCGGCGAUUCGAAGGCGAUUUGUAAGAGGAUCAUAAAACGGAGGGGGUUGGGCGAGUCGGUAGAUCCGAAGCAGCUGCAGUCCAGGAUAUCCCAUUUCAAGGCGCGGAAUAUGGAGCCGAUGACGAAUGCGUAUCCCACCGUGCAGUCGACGAAUCCAGCGGCGAGUACGCAGAAGUCGACACAGGCUAGGCAGAAGGAUAUUGCUACGGAGGAUUUUGUGUUGUUGUAUGAGGACUACCAUGCGCAGCUAGAGUCGUCGAAUUUGCUGGACUACGACGAUCUCCUCGUGCGAUGUCUGGAGCUGCUGAGGGAGAAUCCCGAGUGUGUCAGUAACAUCGAGGCGUUGUUGAUCGAUGAAUUCCAGGACACGAACGUAGUCCAGUACGAGCUGAUGCGGAAGUUCUCCUGGAAGUAUCAGCGGAUCACUGUGGUUGGCGAUCCAGACCAGAGCAUCUACGGCUUCCGCGCCGCAGAAAUCGGGAACGUACGUAGGAUGCAGCGGCAGUAUCCGGACACCCUCGUGGUGAAUCUGGAAGAGAACUACCGAAGCUCCGCGAGUAUCCUGCAGGCCGCAUUGGUGGUUAUACAGCAGGAUGGGAAUCGCAUCGAUAAAGCCCUGACCGCGACGCAUCCCAUCGGCCCGAGUCCAGUUCUACGGAGGGUUGCCUCUGCGGCGGCAGAGGCCGAGUGGAUCGUCGGCGAGAUCAAAAGGUUGCGCGCCGUUACCGCCGGGAUGAUUCCGCUCGAUGGUGUGGCGAUUUUGGUGCGGUCAGCGCAUCUGACGAGACACGUCGAGACAGUUCUCACUCGUCAGGGCAUGGCGUACAAAAUGGUUGGGGGAACGAGGUUCUUUGAUAGGGCGGAGGUCAAGAUUGUGGUCGAGUAUCUCCGGGUGCUCCAGAAUCCAGCGAACAAUGAUGCGGUGGUGCGGAUCAUCAAUGUUCCAUCGCGCAAAGUCGGGGAUACUACGGUGAAGGGAUUACUCGAGGACGCAGAGAAGAAGAAGAAAAGUCUAUGGGACUCUGUGUAUCGCGGGGUGUGCGGGCAUUCCCCGUGGGGCACGAAAGUGGCCAAGCUCGCAGAGAAGGGGAUGGAGUCUUUCGUCGGGUUGAUGACCAAGGUAAUGGAAAAACUGGACGAUCCGGAAACCACCCUGGCGGAUCUCGUAGAGAAUCUCCUGGCCAAGUUGAACUACGCGGCGUACAUACACAACCACUAUCCGGAGGAUUUCGACAGCCGCUGGGCGAACGUCCAGGAGCUUAUCGCCCAAGCACGGGAAAUCAGACUCGACGAGGAUGACGAAGCUCUGCCGGAUAUCGACGGGCUGCAACAGCAAGUGGGACCUCGGAAAACUCCCAGGGCUGCACUGGAGCGGUUCCUAGCAAACGCAGCACUCGUGAACGAGAGACAGCGGCGGCUUGCCGGCCCAGAUGAGAAGGUGGCGGAGAUUAUGAUCAGCACCAUACACGCAGCCAAAGGCCUCGAGUGGCCUGUAGUUUUUGUCCCAUCUGUCUACGAAGGCUCGAUUCCGCACUUAAGAGCAGAAGAUGUCGACGAAGAGCGACGACUGCUCUACGUUGCCAUGACCCGAGCACAGGCACUGCUCUACCUAUCGUGCCCAUUCCGCUCGGGGGAGAAAGUCAAAUUGUCGUCGUUCAUCGAUAAGCCGAAUAUCAAGAACCGGCUUAUGAGCAACAAAGCCUCGGACCUGUCGUUCUCGAACGUUCAGACACUGGCACAGAUCCUGUCGGCACGGUGUCCGACAGAGAUAGAAAUCGAAGCCGUGGUCGAGAGCAGCGGGAUACAGUCGCGGUGCGACGAUGUCAUCUCCGACAAAGACCCGGAUGAUAAAGAGGAGAAUGAAAAACGGGCUGUGCGGGAGAAUAAUAAUUAUCGGGAGAAUGGUAAUUAUCGCAGCAAACCCGAUGUGCCACAGUUCCAGAGUGCUAGAGCUUGGACCAAUAUCAGCACCACCACCACCGAAGACCGGAUACGCCAUAAAGCGACGACCGAGAACAAGAUCGGAUUCCGCAGUGCCGGAAGCCAUCUCUCCGAGCUCAAGAAACAGGGGGUGGAUUUUGCCUGCGAGGCGGAUAAGGACCUUAAUGUGAGGAGAACCUCGGAUGCGAGGAUGAUGCAGAAUUCGACUGUUUCCACAAACAGAGCUGUAUCAAUUACCAUCAUCGAUACAUGUACAACUACCACCACGAAGAAAGGAAAGCCGGUGGCUUCUAAAUCCUCACGACCGGCAGGUCAGGGGACACUAAUGGGCUUUCUAACCAAGAAGCCACCGCCGCCCAAACCGGCCACAGCCACAUCAGCCGUCCGAACCAUAGCCCCAGACGUCUCCCUACUGGAGCAAGUGCAGUCACUCCCAGCACCUGUUAUUCCCAAGCGAGCCGGUGGAGACUUUAUCCUUCUGUCGUCAUCGCCACCGAGAAAAGUCAAAAAACGCCGGACAAAGCCCGAAACGACAAAGAUGAAGCACGUGCAGCCUGAGGAGCAGGAGGACGAUCAGGAAAUUCCACCUAGCUCACCGGUGUUUGGAGCUUUCUGUGAGGAUAUGCAGCAGCAUGAACCUCCUCCUCCUCCUCCCCCUCCCUUUCCUCAAGCGAUAGCAUUCGAGAUAGACAUGGAGGAUAUACGGGAGGAGGCCACCUUACCGAAGUUGGUGCAGGAGACGUCAAUGUUGCCGCCCAAGAUUCCAUUGGCGGGGUCGCAGAGAGGUGUGAAGAGGACUUUGGGGAUUAGGAGAAGUAUGAACGGGUGGGAGAAUAGACAGCGACGGUGAAUGGAGUUUUGCAUUACUUACUUACUUAUGUACAUAUGGGAUCGAUCCUGUGAUAGAGGGCUUUUCGCUCAUCAACAUUUAUAGCGUUUACUAGGCGCACGUAAAAGAAGGGGG